AUGACGUUUAGAAGUUUGCGGAGACUGACUAUUACUGGUGAAGUCGAAAAAGCCAGCUACCAGCAGUAUUUUGACCGCUUCGCCACGGACGGUUUUCUGGACAAGGAGGGGUUUAAGAGAGUUUUACAAUGUCUGGGGGCGGAUCCACCGCAAUGUGUCGUAGAUGAGAUCUUCGCCGAACACGAUAAAGAUGAAAAUUCUCAGUUAAAUCAAGAAGAGUUUCACGAAUGGAUCCAGGACCGAAUCAAGUCCAAGCCCCAGAUGCGGGACUCGCUAAUGGAGAGUCUGGACAUUCUAUUUCCCGGACAGGAUGCGGUCAAUAUAGACGAACUCCUGGAGAAACUCUCCGAACUCGGCGAACAGUUCGACGAGACGGAGAGGACAUACGCACGCAUGAUGCUGACCCAAUUCGACAGUAAUAAGGAUGGUGCUAUUGCCAAAACAGAACUAAGUACCUGUUUCUACUCUGAUGACGAACAAAUUGAGGAUGCCAACCAGGAAGUAGAAGAAACAGCAGAAGAGGAAGGAAACCAGGAAACAGCAGAAGAGGAAACACAGAAAGUGACAGAGGAAAACCAGGAGGUGGAAGAAGAGAAGCAGGAGGAAACAGAGGAAACCCAGGAAGUGACAGAGGAAACUCAGGAGGUGACAGAGGACGUCCAGGAGAUGAACGAGGAAUCUGAAGAGAAAGCAGAAGAAAAUCAGGAGGUGACAGAGGAAAACCAGGAAGUUGUGGAAGAAAAGCAGGAGGAAACAGAGGAAAGUCAGGAGGUGACAGAGGAAAGUCAGGAGGUGACAGAAGAAAAUCAAGAAGCAAAAGAGGAAACUGAGGAAAAAGCAGCAGAAAAUGAGGAAGUGAAAGAGGAAACAACAGAAAAAGCAAAGGAAAGUACAGAGGAAACAGAAGGAAAUCAGACAGCAGUAGAGGAAUCUCAAGGAAACCAGGAAGCUACAGAGGAUACACAGGAAACAAAGGAGGAAUCUGGGAAUCAGGAAGGGGGUGAAUAAAGGAGCAUCUUCCA